CAGUGUGGCUCGCCGGCCUGGUGCGGGGCCGGUGCCGGUGUGCCGCUCCUCGCCGCCCGCUUCUCCGUCUCCUCAGCGCUGGCCCCGUCCUCCUCGGCUCCCAUUUAACCGCUGCUUCCUCCCCGCGGCUGUAACCGCCCGGCAUUGAAGGAGAGGAGGAGGGCGGCCUGGAGCGGUGCGGCUCGUCUUUGCCUAAAGCUCCGGUCCUCCGCGGCCCCUCUCGGGGAAGGGGCGGGAGGGUGAAGAAAGGCAGCAGCUGCCUUGCUGCGGCCUCUGCGCUGUCCGUGCCCGGCGGGCACCGCGCUCGCCCUGGGGCGGCUUUUGCCUCCGUUCCUUGGAUUCUGGGCGUGGGGAGCGAGGGAAGGAAGGAGCCUGCGGCGAUUCCUGGACCCGCGAGUCCCUCGCACCCGUGUGAGGCGGGGAGGGGAGAGGGAAACAGCCCCUCUCUCGCUAUAAGGCGUUCCGGUGCUGCAGCAGGCUGGCCCGCAGAACCAGAGAAUAAAAAUGGGAACUCCUGGAUCAGGACGGAAGAGAACUCCUGUGAAAGACAGGUUUUCUGCAGAAGAUGAAGCUCUGAGUAACAUUGCCAGAGAGGCAGAAGCCAGGCUUGCAGCCAAACGGGCAGCUCGAGCAGAAGCAAGAGACAUACGUAUGAGAGAGCUGGAGCGACAGCAAAAAGAGGAAGAUUCAGAGAGGGCCAGGUAUUCCCACCGGUCCAGUCGACAUUCAUAUUUGCUGGAAGAAAAGAGUGAAAAGUCACAUUCAGAAAUCUUUUCAAGGCCAUCAUCUCGCAAUUCAGUAAGCGCAACUCCUCUGAGUGGCAACUCAUCUAGGAGAGGAAGUGGAGACACGAGCAGUUGGGUGGAUCCCGAUGCAUCUCUUGGUGAAUUACGGGAUAUCUAUGAUCUUAAGGACCAGAUACACGAUGUAGAAGGGAGAUACAUGCAGGGACUUAAAGAACUAAAGGAUUCGCUAACUGAAGUUGAAGAGAAGUACAAGAAGGCAAUGGUUUCCAAUGCUCAACUAGACAAUGAGAAAAACAACUUGGUUUACCAAGUGGAUACCUUAAAAGAUGUCAUUGAGGAGAAAGAAGAACAGAUAGCAGAGUUCUAUAGGGAGAAUGAAGAGAAGUCAAAGGAAUUGGAAAGACAGAAACACACGUGCAGUGUCCUGCAGCAUAAGCUGGAUGAACUUAAAGAGGGCCUUCGACAGAGAGAUGAAUUGAUAGAGGAGAAUCAACGCAUGCAGCAGAAUAUAGACUCCAUAACCAAAGAGGUGUUUGAUCUCCAGGAGACAAUUAAUUGGAAAGAUAAAAAAAUAGGGGCCCUAGAAAGACAGAAAGAUUACUUUGACUGCAUUAAGAAUGAGCGAGAUGAGCUCAGAGAGGAGUUGGCUGACCUGAAGGAAACAAUGAAGAGAGGAGAGAAACAUGGAUUAGUUAUAAUCCCAGAUGGCACACCAAACGGUGAUGUAAACCAUGAAUCAGUGGUUGGUGCAAUAACGGUUGUAUCACAGGAAGCUGCUCAAGUCUUGGAAUCGGCAGGAGAAGGACCACUAGAUAUCCGGCUACGAAAACUGGCUGGAGAAAAAGAGGAAUUACUGUCACAGGUUAGAAAACUGAAGAUGCAGUUGGAAGAAGAACGACAGAAAUACUCUAAAAGUGAUGGCAUGAAUCCAGAUAUCAUAGGCUUAGAGAAUGGUUCUGACUUGCAACUAAUUGAAAUGCAGAGAGAUGCCAACAGACAAAUUAGUGAAUACAAAUUUAAGCUUUCAAAAGCUGAACAAGAUAUAACUACCUUGGAACAAAAUAUUGCACGACUUGAGGGGCAGGUUACAAGGUAUAAAAAUGCAGCAGAAAAUGCAGAAAAAGUAGAAGAUGAACUCAAAGCUGAAAAGAGGAAGCUUCAGCGAGAGUUAAGAACAGCACUGGAUAAGAUAGAAGAGAUGGAGAUGACCAAUAGCCACUUAAUGAAAAGGCUGGAGAAGAUGAAGGCGAAUAGGACUGCGCUUUUAUCUCAACAGUGAAGUGGAAAUUGAAAACAUGAUGCACUGCUCCUUGAAUAACUAGCCCCUAGCUUGUUUUUAAAUACAGACUUUCAUUGGCACAAACUAUUUGAACACUGAGCUGUUCACUGGUGUUUUAGUUUCAGAAUUAAAUGGCAUACUUCUUUUUGUAACUUAUGAGAGAAUGAAAUGUAGUUUGAAUUCCCAUGUGAAUGACAGCAAUUUUUCUGUAGCGUUUGAUUCUAGAGUCAGAGCUGGAGCACAAUGCUGUACGUGCGACUUUGCGAUAGAAAAUGGUUUUACAGCUGUGGAAUCCAGUUUACUCACUAUCUCUUUUGGCUGCUUUAAUGAUGCUUGAUGCUCGGAGACAACUGCAUGAAUUCAAAAAAACACUGUAUUACUGUAUUAUAAACUAACGUAUAUUUGCUCAAGACAUCACACAGCACAAGUGCCUUUUAUCUGGUGCAAUUUAGACUUCAUUGUUGAAAUAACCUUUGAAAUCAGAUAACAUUUUAUUUUAAAAUACAUUCGGGGUAUUCACUAAACUUUGUACCUUUUUGAAAAUACAUUUUUGUAAAAUAUUUAAAUUUAUAAGAAAAGAAUAGGGAGUGUAUAUAAAAAUCUGCUUUUUUUUGCAUGGGCACAUCUGAGUUCUAGGUAACUUUGUCAAAUACUAGGCCCUGAUACUCUUACUAUUAAGAGUACAGAUUUUAAAACUUCUGUUGUACACCAUCAAAUUAUGUCAUCUGCUUAAGUGUGAAUUGAAAUUUUAGGGUGGGAGGAAGGGGUGGGAAAUGUGGCUAAGGAGUUUAUUAAAUGGACACUUUACUGACCAAAA